AUGCGUUGGAGCGAUGAUAUCCGUCGCGUCGCGCACCUGCGCGCGCGCAUUUUUCGUCAUCCUCUUUCUCGGAGGACUGUAGAAAACCUGUAUUUCUUUUACCGUACUUAUUGUAAAUUCGGAAGUGAAAUUCAUCAAGUGCUCUCGAGUGAUAAGGUUCAGCGCAUCAACACGCCGAUAGUACAACUGCACUUUCGCACCACCACACAGACAAACAACGAACAGGAGAAGUCUCAAGUACUCGAACUUGAUAAAUCAGAACUCGAAACCGUCAUCGCAUCGUUAGAAGAAGCUAAGGAAGCACUGGCGAGAUUGAACGACACGAACUCGAAGAAAUAA